AUGGCAGUUGGAGAAGAAACUUCAACUGGAACGAGCACAAGAACGACCAUAGCUCAUCACCAUCCUUAUUAUCUACAGCCUUACGACAUUCCAGGUAGUUCCUUGAUUUCUAUUCAACUGACUUGGACUGAAAAUUAUGCAUUGUGGAGUAGAUCUAUGAAAAUAGGUCUAAUUGGUAUGAGUAAGCUAGCUUUUGUUGAUGGCCGAUGUACUAAGGACAAAUUUGAUCAAUCCUUGCAUGAACUUUGGGAGAAAUGUAAUGCGAUAGUUUUGUCAUGGAUUAUGAAUGUUGUGAGUAAGAAGUUACCCAGUGGAAUUGUGGAUAAGUCCAAUGCUCAUAAAGUCUGGACAGAUUUGAAGGAUAAGUAUGAUAAAAUCGAUGGAUCUCGCAUCUUCUUCUUGCACAAAGAAAUUGCUUUUUUGUCGCAAUCUAAGAACUAUUUCGAACAUUUUGAGUACCAAAGGUUGUUGCAAUUCCUAAUGGGGCUGAAUGAGACGUAUAGCCAUCCUAGAAGCCAGAUUUUGAUGAUGAGUGCAGUGCCCACAGUCAACAAGGCUUCUUCUAUGAUAAUCUCAGAAGAAAGCCGAAGAGCUUUAGGAAUGUUUUCCCAGGUUGUAAACAUAGCAGAUGGAACAACAUUGUUCACCAACAAAGGAAUGAACUCAGGAAAUAACUAUAAGUUAGGAGAGGGAGUUUGUUCUGUGACUACUGUAACUAUAAAGGGAACACAAGAGAUACCUUCUUCAAACUACAUGGAUACCCAACUGACUUCAAAAUGA